AUGCGCCAUCCCUGGGGCGUGCUUGACUACCACAUGUACCUCUCACACAUUGAAAGCGGCCGCGACAAGCUCCAUCGCGAGAAAGAGUGCCACCUGAUAGGGACCACCGGCUUCAGACAAGUCACCCUACACGAUGAGCCAGUCCUUGACAACAUCCCGUCCGGCAGAAACCCAACAGUCGUCUUCGUCGGCCUCCCCGUCCCUGACAUGCAGAACGAAUCUAGCAACGCUAGGUUGGUACUCGGCUUUGACUUGAAGUCCGACCGCUUGCAAGGGUAUUUCCUCGAUUCCAAAUCUCCGAUUAAGAAUUACGAGGACCUUUGGGAGAUCUGGAGCCAUGGUGAGGCCGAGCUCGUAAUUGACAUCCCCCUCGAGCGUUUCCUGGCAGUCAUUCGCCAUACUAUGCAGUAUCAGAUUGAGAUCCUGGAGAUCGGCGUCCUGCACCACUAUGGUCUGACUACGCGCGGGUUCCAAGCUGGCUUGGACUUGGUUAUUUCUGUACAGUUCUUGCAGUUCGUGGAGGAUUUCGCCGACCUCCUAUCCCGGGAGUCUGAUGAGCUUCGUGACAUUUCUAUGCCUUUACAGGAUGAACUCCGAAAUUUGCUUGGGAUUGGCUCCCGGGAUUCUUGGUUUGGUGCUCGUGAGGGACUCAAUCUCGAGCAGUAUCGUCAGAAACAGUUGAAGAAGGUUAUUGCUUCCGGCUUGUUCCAUAAACAGAAGAUGCUCGUACUCCGAGACGGGGCUAAUGAAGCUAUGCAACAGAAUAAGACGUCUCGUCCCGUUGUAUUUGUUCCAGGCCACUCAGGUCGGUGGUGGUCAAAGCUGCAGAUUCAGUUCUUGGUGAGUGCUAUGAUUAUUCUUAGUUUUUGUUCUGUCUUCCAGCGUGAGCGGGUCCUAUGUGUGGGGAUGUUUUGA